GUGUCUAUGUGAAGGCGAGAUGACCGGCAGGAACGUGCCCCAAUGGGCUGUAGAGUGAUUAGUGAGUGGGUGACGGACAGACCCGUAGGCCAACGGGUGUCUUUAAGUGUCUGCGGUCUCCUCCAAUGGGGCAGUGCCGGGGCGGGGCCGCAGCUCGGGUUUAAUGAGACUCCAUUGGGCUGUAAUCAGUGUCAUGUCGGAUUCAUGUCAACGACAACAACAGGGGGACACAAAAUGGCGGCGGCUUAGUUCUUACCCCUGGCGGCGGCGGCAGCGGUGGCGGAGGCGACGGCACCUCCUCCAGGCGGCAGCCGCGGCUUUUUUCUCAGGCAGCAGCAGCGCCCCCGGCAGGCGCGUUGGUGGUGGCGCGCGGCCAGAUUUACCUGAAGACCUGGACAAUCUUCUACCAUGGACUGUUAAAGCAUUUGGAGUGUCAAUGAUGGUCUUGACUUCCUAAUUAAAGAUGUUCUUCACUUGAAUGAAGUUUUUCCUGUUGGUAAAAGAAGACAACUGUCAACGUUGCCUGGCAGCCCCCUUUUUAGUCUUUUAAGGGUGGAUAUUUAUAAGAUGUUGCUUAAUGAGGUCUGGAAUACCUGUCCAUUCAUUGAAUUGUAAAUGACUUUUACAUGUGUAAGUUCUGUUAAAUACAAGGAGAAUCUCUAUGGGUAACUUUUGUAUUGAAGACGUCAUUUGUCAACCAUGGUAAAACUUGCGAACCCACUUUAUACAGAGUGGAUUCUGGAAGCUAUACAAAAAAUAAAAAAGCAAAAGCAAAGGCCUUCUGAAGAGCGUAUCUGCCAUGCGGUCAGCACUUCCCAUGGGCUGGAUAAGAAGACGGUCUCUGAACAGCUGGAACUCAGUGUCCAGGAUGGCUCCGUUCUCAAAGUCACCAACAAAGGCCUUGCCUCCUAUAAGGACCCAGACAAUCCUGGGCGCUUUUCAUCAGUUAAACCAGGCACUUUUCCCAAGUCAACCAAGGGAUCUAAGGGAUCAUGCAGUGAUCUUCGCAAUGUGGAUUGGAAUAAGCUUUUAAAGAGAGCAAUUGAAGGACUUGAAGAACCUAAUGGCUCCUCCCUGAAGAACAUAGAGAAGUAUCUCAGAAAUCAAAGUGACCUCACGGGCACCACCAACAACCCAGCCUUUCAGCAGCGGCUGCGACUAGGGGCCAAACGUGCCGUCAACAAUGGGAGGUUACUGAAAGAUGGACCACAGUACAGUGUCAAUUACGGAAGCUUAGAUGGCAAAGGGGCUCCCAAGUAUCCCAGUGCUUUUCCAUCCUCACUCCCACCCGUCAGUCUCCUACCCCAUGAGAAAGACCAGCCUCGUGCCGAUCCCAUUCCAAUAUGUAGCUUCUGUCUAGGAACUAAAGAAUCAAACCGUGAAAAGAAACCAGAAGAACUCCUCUCUUGUGCAGACUGUGGCAGUAGUGGACACCCAUCCUGUUUGAAAUUUUGUCCCGAAUUAACAACAAAUGUAAAAGCCUUAAGGUGGCAGUGUAUCGAGUGCAAGACAUGCAGUGCAUGUAGAAUCCAAGGCAAAAAUGCAGAUAAUAUGCUUUUUUGUGACUCUUGUGAUCGAGGAUUCCAUAUGGAAUGCUGUGACCCACCACUUUCCAGAAUGCCAAAAGGGAUGUGGAUUUGCCAAGUCUGCAGACCAAAGAAAAAGGGAAGAAAACUGCUUCAUGAGAAAGCUGCACAAAUAAAACGACGAUAUGCAAAGCCCAUUGGACGGCCGAAAAACCAGUUCAAGCAACGCUUGUUGUCUGUAACCAGUGAUGAAGGAUCCAUGAAUGCAUUCACAGGAAGGGGGUCACCUGGUAGGGGUCAAAAGACUAAAGUCUGUACCACACCUUCAUCUGGUCAUGCUGCAUCUGGGAAGGACUCAAGCAGCAGAUUGGCUGUUACAGACCCCACUCGGCCUGGUGCCACCACCAAAACCACCACCACCUCCACCUCCAUUUCUGCCUCCACACUUAAACUUAACAAGAAAACCAAAGGGCUCAUUGAUGGCCUUACUAAGUUUUUUACACCAUCACCUGAUGGUCGCAGAUCACGAGGUGAAAUAAUAGACUUCUCAAAGCACUAUCGUCCAAGGAAAAAGGGCUCUCAGAAACAGUCAUGCACUUCUCAGGUGUUGGCUACAGGUACCACACGAAAGCUAAAACCUCCACCUUCUUCACUUCUGCCCCCCACCCCCAUCUCGGGUCAGAGCCCCUGUUCACAAAAGUCCAGCGCUUGCACCUCUUCUGCCUCCCCCCAGAGUUCCUCCAGCCAGUCUAGCGUGCCCUCCUGUAGCAGUUUUACUAAUAACAGCCAGCUGAAGGCACUCUUUGACGGACUCUCUCAUAUCUAUACCACCCAGGGACAGUCUCGGCAAAAGGGACACCCAAGUUAUGCGCCACCCAAACGUAUGCGUCGUAAAACUGAAUUCUCUUCCACGGCAAAAUCUAAAGCCCAUUUCUUUGGAAAAAGAGAUAUUAGAAGUAGGUUUAUUUCUCAUGCCACCUCUUCUAGCUGGGGGAUGGCUAGAGGACGUAUUUUUAAAGCAUUUGCUCACUUCAAGCGAACAACUUUUCUUAAAAAGCACAGGAUGCUAGGCAGAUUAAAAUAUAAAGUGACCCCUCAGAUGGGGACCCCCUCACCAGGGAAGGGGAGCUUGGCAGACGGAAGGAUUAAACCUGAUCAGGAUGAUGAUACUGAAAUCAAAAUAAGCAUCAAACAAGAAAACACAGAUGUAAAUGUGAUUUGCAACAAGGAUUCCGUUACUGAAGAGGAUUUGGAUGUUUUUAAACAGGCCCAGGAACUUUCUUGGGAGAAAAUAGAGUGUGAAAGUGGAGUGGAGGACUGUGGCCGAUACCCUUCUGUAAUAGAAUUUGGAAAAUAUGAAAUCCAAACCUGGUACUCUUCGCCUUACCCACAGGAAUAUGCAAGAUUACCAAAGCUUUACCUGUGUGAAUUUUGUCUUAAAUAUAUGAAAAGUAAAAACAUUUUGCUGAGACACUCAAAGAAAUGUGGAUGGUUUCAUCCUCCAGCAAAUGAAAUUUACCGAAGAAAAGACCUUUCAGUAUUUGAGGUUGAUGGGAAUAUGAGCAAAAUUUAUUGCCAAAACCUUUGCUUGUUAGCCAAGCUCUUCCUGGACCACAAAACGUUGUAUUAUGAUGUUGAACCAUUCCUUUUUUAUGUCCUUACAAAAAAUGAUGAAAAGGGCUGUCAUCUGGUUGGCUACUUUUCGAAGGAAAAGCUUUGCCAGCAGAAGUAUAAUGUCUCCUGCAUAAUGAUCAUGCCUCAGCACCAAAGGCAAGGAUUCGGACGGUUUCUCAUUGAUUUCAGCUAUCUGCUCUCCAGAAGGGAAGGCCAGGCAGGGUCUCCUGAGAAGCCGCUUUCUGAUCUGGGUCGCCUCUCCUACCUGGCCUAUUGGAAGAGUGUCAUCUUAGAAUACCUCUACCACCACGAUGAGAGGCACAUCAGCAUCAAGGCAAUAAGCAGAGCUACGGGCAUGUGCCCACAUGACAUUGCCACCACUCUGCAGCACCUCCACAUGAUUGACAAGCGAGAUGGCCGAUUUGUCAUCAUUCGAAGGGAAAAGUUAAUAUUGGGCCACAUGGAGAAGCUAAAAACCUGUUCCCGGGCCAAUGAACUAGAUCCAGAGAGUCUGCGGUGGACCCCAAUUUUAAUUUCUAAUGCUGCUGUUUCUGAAGAAGAGAGAGAAGCUGAAAAAGAGGCCGAGCGGCUAAUGGAACAAGCCAGCUGCUGGGAGAAGGAGGACCAAGAACUGCUGUCAUUGAGAGUGAACAGUCGGCAGUCACCUGCGAAAGGACAAUCGAAAAACAAGUAUUUGCAUUCCCUGGAGAGCCGGCCAGGGACAGGAGAACGAGGGCAGCUGAGGGAGCUGUCUAAAGAAAGCAGUGAGGAGGAAGAGGAGGAGGAAGAGGAGGAGGAGGAGGAGGAAGAGGAGGAGGAAGAAGAGGAAAAUAUUCCGAGUUCUCCCCCAAGACUAACUAAGCCACAGUCUGUUGCCAUAAAGAGAAAGAGGCCUUUUGUAUUAAAGAAGAAAAGGGGUCGAAAACGCAGGAGGAUCAACAGCAGUGUAACAACUGAGACCAUUUCUGAGACAACAGAAGUACUGAAUGAGCCUUUUGACAACUCAGAUGAAGAGGGGCCAAUGCCGCAGCUGGAGCCAACCUGUGAGAUCGACACGGAGGAGGACACCUUGAAGCCAGUUCUGAGGAAAGCUUUCCACUGUCAGGCUGGGACGAAAAGACAGAGCGAGGAAGAAGAGGGAGAAGACAAUCAUUGCUUUAAGAACGCGGACUCUUACAGAAACAAUUUAGAUGAUGAUGCACAUACCUUGAAAGAAGUCAGUAAAGACAAUCCUGAACCUCUGAAGUGCAAGCAGGUCUGGCCUAAAGGGACAAAGCGUAGUCUGUCUAAAUGGAGGCAAAACAAAGAGAGGAAGACUGGAUUUAAACUGAACCUCUACACCCCACCAGAGACCCCCAUGGAGCCCGAUGAACAGGUACCAGUGGAAGAACAGAGGGAGACUUCAGAAGGAAAAGGCAGCCCCACUCCCAUGGAGCCUGAGGAGGAGGAGGUCAGGGGGCUGCUGGGACCCCUGCCACCUCAGGACGAGAACAGAACAGAAGCAAUAUGUGCCCCUGGGAGUCCGAAUAAAUCACCAGGUGAGACACCAGAAGGUGAUCUAACCAAACCUGAGGAGGAGGAGGAGGAAGAGGAAGAGGAGGAGGAAGAAGAAGAAGAGGGGAUGAUGGAAAAAGAUCCAAAUAGUACUAAAAGUGAGGAAAAAGAGGGACCAGAAAUCUCCUUAGAGAAGGAGGCUUCUGAGCGUUUGGAUGAUCAUGAAGAGGAGGAGGAAGAGGAUGAAGAGCCAGCUCACAAUGAGGACCAUGAUGCAGAUGAUGAAGAUGACAGCCACAUGGAGUCUGCCAGUGCCGAGAAAGAACCACCCCCACGAGAAGCCGCUAAGGAGGCGCUGGUGAGCCAGGAGGCUUUUUUAGACCUUAGUGUUCAGCCUGGCCACCCAAAUGCAGAGGUCUUGCUGGACUGUGGUGUUGACCUUGCUGCGUCCUGUAAUGACGAGCCUAAGGAGCUUCCUGGGGACUCAGAAGCUGCCCCAGAGUCUGAUGAGGAACCCCAAGAAGAGCAGGUACAGAAGGAGGACCAAAAGGACAGUGACGUGCACCCUGAGUUCAAGGAGGAAGCGGCAGCAGCCGUGGAAAUCGACUCUGAGACGGUCCAGGCAGUCCAGUCUUUGACGCAGGAGAACAGUGAGCAGGACGACACCUUUCAGGAUUGCACCGAGACUCAGGAGGCCUGUAGAAGCCUGCAGAGCUACAACCACGCGGACCAAAGUCCACAGCUCGCCACCACGCUCGACGACUGCCAGCAGUCAGACCACAGCAGCCCAGUGUCAUCCGUCCAUUCCCACCCUGGCCAGUCAGUGCGUUCUGUCAGCAGUCCCAGUGUCCCCGCCCUGGAAAACAGCUAUGCCCAAAUAAGUCCUGAUCAAAGUGCCAUCUCUGUGCCAUCUUUGCAGAACAUGGAAACCAGCCCAAUGAUGGAUGUCCCGUCCGUUUCCGAUCACUCACAGCAAGUUGUCGACAGUGGCUUUAGUGACCUGGGCAGCAUCGAGAGCACCACAGAGAACUAUGAAAACCCAAGCAGUUAUGAUUCCACCAUGGGGGGCAGCAUAUGUGGCAACGGCUCUUCUCAGAACAGCUGCUCCUACAGCAACCUCACCUCCAGCAGUCUGACCCAGAGCAGCUGCGCAGUCACUCAGCAGAUGUCCAACAUCAGUGGGAGCUGUAGCAUGAUGCAGCAAGGCAGCAUCAGCUCCCCGCCACCCUGCAGUGUCAAGUCUCCUCAGGGCUGCGUGGUGGAGAGGCCCCCCAGCAGCAGCCAGCAGCUGGCCCAGUGCAGCCUGGCUGCCAACUUCACCCCACCAAUGCAGCUAGCGGAGAUCCCCGAGUCGGGCAGCGCCAACAUCGGCUUGUAUGAGCGGAUGGGUCAGAGUGAUUUUGGGGCCGGGCAUUAUCCGCAGCCAUCAGCCACCUUCAGCCUUGCCAAACUACAGCAGUUAACUAAUACACUUAUUGAUCAUUCCUUGCCUUACAGCCAUUCCGCUGCUGUCACUUCCUAUGCAAACAGUGCCUCUCUGUCCACACCAUUAAGCAACACAGGGCUUGUUCAGCUUUCUCAGUCUCCACACUCUGUCCCUGGGGGACCCCAAGCACAAGCUACCAUGACCCCACCCCCCAACCUGACUCCUCCUCCAAUGAAUCUGCCACCCCCUCUUUUGCAACGGAACAUGGCGGCAUCAAAUAUUGGCAUUUCUCACAGCCAAAGACUGCAAACCCAGAUUGCCAGCAAGGGCCACGUCUCCAUGAGAACCAAAUCGGCAUCCCUGUCACCAGCCGCUGCCACCCAUCAGUCCCAGAUCUACGGGCGCUCCCAGACUGUAGCCAUGCAGGGUCCUUCGAGGACUUUAACAAUGCAAAGAGGCAUGAACAUGAGUGUGAACCUGAUGCCAGCCCCAACCUACAAUGUCAACUCCGUGAACAUGAACAUGAAUACCCUCAAUGCCAUGAAUGGGUACAGCAUGUCCCAGCCCAUGAUGAACAGUGGUUACCACAGCAACCAUGGCUACAUGAAUCAGACGCCCCAGUACCCUAUGCAGAUGCAGAUGGGCAUGAUGGGAACCCAGCCAUACGCCCAGCAGCCAAUGCAGACCCCACCCCAUGGUAACAUGAUGUACACAGCUCCGGGACACCACGGCUACAUGAACACGGGCAUGUCCAAACAGCCGCUCAAUGGGUCCUACAUGAGGAGGUAGGCAACACAGGCAGUCACGGCCCCCACUGGGCACCACUGUUGGAUUUAUCUGCACAAAUACCUUUGAAGAGUACGAUUUCAAAACCAGCAAUUGGUGUGAAUGCAAAAACAUUUGUUGGCACCAUUUAUUUAAAAAAAAAAAAAAAGCUGUAUGCAGCAGAAAGCCUUAUACAAGUUGUUUUUCUUUUUUUCCUUUUUUCUUUUUUGGUACCUUCGUUUCUGUUACUUUUAUACGAAAUUCUCUGCAAAGGAAGGCCUCUCUUUGGACUACAGUUCGGAGGCAGCCACUCAUUGUGCCUGCUCCCAUCACACGGUGUGGAUAUAUCAAGCCCCUAAAUUAUCUGUUUUAAUACUGAUCCUAUAGCUUUUUUUCCCUUCUCUACCCACUCCAUGUAAAUGCCUUUAGCAUUUCAGUUACUGUAUGUUUUGUUUAAGGUGACACCUGAGCAUGCCGCUAAUGUCUUUGUUAGUGACAGUGCGUUUUGUAGUACUGUACAAGUGUUGUGCUAACAGUAAGCCAUUUCUUAAGUUUUUUGCCUUGAUUAGGGUGCCCUGAUUUGAGGGUGUAAAAAACAAAAACUAAAAACUAUAUUUUUGUUAAUUAUAAAACUGUAAAGAGCUAUAAAAGCUAUUCCCAUUUGGUUAGUCAAAAGGGUUUUAUUGUUAAAUGUUUGGUGUAAAGUUAAGACCCUUUUCCAUUUUGGUGACAGAUUUCUUUGGGGGAAAAAAGGCAGCUUUCUGUUUUAUAAAUGCAGACUUCUGUUUAUUGAAUGAUGCAUAUCUCAGUGUUUAUCUGUCAGGUUUUGAAACAUUUCAUAUAUGUCCAAAUACUUGGCAGGAUUUAAAAAAAAAAGUGAAUUUGGUGUAAAGUUGCUAUUUUAUGGAAAUGCCUCUAACUUUACAUUUUCAUUCCAUCUGUAGAUUUUUCUAUCUUUAUAAAAUAUUGAAGUUAUUUUUUAAGGAAAAAUAGAGAAGUAGCUUGUGAAUAGCUCAAACUAAGCUUACGAAUCGCAUGUAAAAAAGCAAAAAGGUUAUUUGUGUCUGUUUAUAUUGCUUCCUUUUUUGUAGCCUUUGUACCUGUACAGGGUGACUGUCAGGGCCACACAGAGGAGGUGCAACCCUUGUAUAAUAGGAGCCAGCGACACUCUUGUAUUUAUCUGUUCUCUUUUUAGUCAGUCACUUAAAAAAACAAAAAACAAACAAAAAAAACCCCAACAAAAAAAGCUGUACAUUUUAACAUAAAAUAAAUUAUGAUGAGCCAUUUUUAGCCUCUCGUGUCCUGUCAUGUUAUGAUUGAUAGAGAAUGCCCAGUCGAACUGUAUCAUGUGUCACCUCUCAGAACACAUACACAUUUUUUUGGAAAAUAAAUUAUUUAGUGUAAAUUGGAGUUAAGAGAUCUUCUGAUUUGUUUUGACUUUGGGGGAGGGGGUUGGCAAUAAAUAAGAGUAAUAUCUAAUAAAACCAUCACAUAUACCAAAUACCUAUUUAAUAAAUUAAUUUAUAAUGGAUUUUAAUGCUUUUCAUGAAAGUUUAUUCUAUGCUAGUGCAUACCUUCUGUAUGCCAAUCGUUGUCUUUAAAAUAAAGUGAAUUUGUUUUUU